AUGGGUCGCUGGAUUUGGUCUCGGCUCGUCAUCUGCAUGCAUGCCGCGCGCCUGAUGAGCCCCGAUUCCCAUGGACAAAAAGCACCGGUUCUCAGGAAAAUUGCAGCGGGGCUGGGCACUGUGCGUUGCGGCAGGGCGCGUUGGAGGUUUCCGAGAGUAUGGUUCAUUGGUUACAGCGAGCUCGUCCAGAUGGCAAUGUCACGGACGCCAAUUUGGCUUGAAAACCUGGUCCAUGUUGGCCUGGAAUUUGGUAGUCUUUGUUUCGCUGAAACAACCGAUCCAGCGGAUCCCUCUAUAUCACAGACAAUGCUCAGCUCAGAGCGUCAGAGACGUGCGACUUCGGAGGAACGACAGUUGUCAAUUUUUGAGCAUGCAUUUCCGACCGGCAGACACAUUCCGAAAACCCAUCGACAACCACAAACUGCACUAGUCAGCGACCUAGCCGAAAGCAACACACAACUCGGCACCGUUUUUCUUCAUGCACAACGCCGCCAGCGAGCUGAGCCAUACUGUACAGGUGGCGGUGGUAGAGCCUUUGCAGGACAGAAAUUUGGUGACCUGGGGUGUUUGCGGGACAUCGUGUUCUUGCAUAUCGGGGCUCGCCCAGCUACACUGCGCAUAGUAGGGCAUCCAUGGCCUUCAAUUGGGACGAUGGUGAUCGGCAACUACUGGCAAGCAGUCCAGAUUCAAGUGGUAGUCACCAGGUGUGGACGACUAGUGGCGGUCUGCCACUGGGUCUGGGCACACGGGCCCAGCAGGGGAAGACGGGAAGUAAGCGAGGGCGUCGGCAAAGUUGGGAUAUGGCAGGUACUGUACAGCUGA